UAUUAUUAAAUUCGUACACAAAAGACUGUCAAUUGGACUUUGUUCAACAGUUUAAGUAAAACCGUAUUAUUGUGCAGCUAAAACCAAAGAAUAAAGAUGUCAUACCUAAACUUUGACCAUUUAAUUGUACAAAAGGAAGGCAAAAUUCUUGUCAUUAAAUUUUAUAAUCCUGCAAAGAAGAACUGCUUAAACCGAUUUGCCUACCAGGAAUUAACUCGUGCUUUAACCGAAGUAAAUAAUGAUGAGGAGAUAACGAUUGUUGUGAUUACCGGAGUGGGUGAAUAUUUCACUGCUGGAAAUGAAUUAUCAUUGGCCAGCCAAGUACCGGACUUUGGUGCACUCUUGAAGGAAAGCAACGAUAUCUUUAAAAGUAUGAUCAGUAGUUUUAUAAACUGCACAAAGCUGAUAUUUACGCUAGUCAAUGGACCGUCAAUUGGCAUUGGCACCACGAUUGUGGGACUCUCCGAUGUGGCGUGGUGUGCGGAAGAAGCCCAUUUCCUGACACCCUUCAGUAAACUUGGACUGGUGCCUGAGGCAUGCUCCAGUUACACGUUUCCAUUAAUUAUGGGCCGGUCAAAGGCCACCGAAAUGUUGCUGCUAAACGAGAAACUAUCAGCACAAGAAGCAUAUCACUUUAAUUUUGUUUCGCGCGUCUUUAAACUUAGUGAACUGGAUUCUGUGGUGUGGCCAAAGAUUCGUGAAUAUGCUGAACUUCCUCCUCAUUCCAUAAAAGAAAGCAAGCGGCUCAUUAAUGUGUCUUUGCGCGAAAAUCUGAUACGUGCUAAUGAUGAGGAGUGCGCGGAGCUCCUCAACCGUAUGUAUGAUGAUGAAUUUGUGCAGGCAAUGGUUAAGUUUUUAAAUCGCAAGUCCAAGCUUUAAAAUGGGCACAAUGUAUUAAAUUGUAUAUUUCUUUUUUAUAAUAAAGUUUAUUUUGCAUCACAAAA